AUGUGGUGGUGGACUGUGUUGGGCUGUGUGCUGCUGAUGGUGACACUCACCUUAUUCCUGAGUACUCGUCGGCGCUACAAGGUGUUCAGCGAGAAGUGCCUGAGGCCCCCGGGACCCUUGGUCACUGACAGCAAACAGAGGGACGAGAGGCUGAAGAAAGGUUUUACUGCGGAUCGUGUCCCGCCUGCUCUGGAUGCAGUGGUGAUUGGAAGUGGUGUGGGAGGUCUGACAGCAGCGGCGGUUUUGUCCAAAGCCGGGAAGAGAGUUUUAGUUCUGGAGCAACAUGAUCAGGCCGGAGGCUGCACACACACCUUCGAGAAUAAGGGAUUUGAGUUUGAUGUGGGUAUCCAUUACCUGGGCCAGCUUCACGAGAACAGCCUGCUGAAGAUUGCUCUGGAUCAGAUUACAGAAGGACAGCUGCAGUUCACACGUCUGGGGCAGCACUUUGACACACUGUUCCUGGGUCAGCCUGACCAGCGCAGGGAGUACCAUAUGCAUGCAGGGAAGACUGAGAUGGCAGCAAGCCUAAAGAAGCAGUUUCCAGGAGAGGAAGAAGCCAUUGAUGAGUUCAUGAGACUGAUGAAGCUAGCCGCAAGGCGGACGCCACUUAUCGCCAUCUUGAAGAUGAUACCGUUUUGGCUGGUUAACUUCCUUGUUCGUACCGGCCUGUUACAUCGCAUGUCUUCAGUGUUCUCCCUGGCAACAACCAACCACUCAGAAAUAAUGUCCCGCCUCACACAGAACAAGGACCUGCAGGCACUGUCUGCCUACCUGUUCUAUGGUGUCCCCCCGAAAGAGUCCAGCUUUCUCAUUAACGCGCUGCUUAUUCACCACUACAAACGUGGUGCAUACUAUCCUCGAGGGGGCGCCAGUGAGUUCGCCUUCCACAUCAUUCCUGUCAUUCAGAAGGCAGGCGGCACUGUGCUGGUCAGGGCUCCUGUGCAACGCAUCUUGCUCAACCAGCAGGGGAAGGCCUAUGGUGUGACAGUGCGUAAAGGACAACAAGAGAUUGAGGUUCAUGCCCCUGUUGUCAUUUCCAACGCUGGCAUCUUCAACACCUUCCAGAAGUUUCUGCCUCAGCAAGUACAGGACAAACCAGAGAUCAAGUCAUUGACGGGUAUGGUUCGUCACGGUAUGGGUUCCUUCUUGGUCUUUGUUGGUCUGGAUGGAACCAAAGAGGAGUUAGGGAUUGUUUCUACCAACUUCUGGAUGUACAAAGACAACGACUUGGAUUCAUUAAUGGAGCGAUACUCUAGCCUGAGCAGAGAAGAGGUAUUAGGGAACAUUCCCAUGAUGUUCAUCACCUUCCCAUCGGCUAAAGAUCCCACAUCCAGCAUCAGACACCCAGGUAAGUCCUGCAUGACAUUGCUGACCAUGGCUCGCUAUGAGUGGUUCGAGGAAUGGGAGGGGACAAGGCUUGGCAAGAGAGGACAGGACUACCUGGAUAUGAAAAACAGCAUGGCCCAAGAGCUGCUGGAGUGGGCGCUAACCAUCUUCCCCCAGUUGCGGGACAAGGUGGUGAUGGUGGACGCUGCCACCCCUCUAACAAAUGUCCACUAUUUGGGCGCUCCAAGAGGUGAGAUGUACGGCGCUGAGCAUAACUUGGAACGCUUCAACCCAGAAACGGUUGCUAGGACACGACCACAGACGCCGAUCGACGGGCUCUACCUAACAGGUCAGGAUGUAUUCUGUAACGGCAUGGCUGGAGCUCUGCACGGCGGACUGCUCUGCGCCUCUGCUGUCCUCGAUCAGAUCCUCUACAUUGACCUUCUAGCCCUGAAGACCAAGCUCAAACGCAAACGGACCAAUCAUAAGCUGAUCUAGCAGCGACCGGGUUGUAGUAUAAAUGCACAUAAAUGCUGUUAAAUGAAUGCUUUACACACACACACACACGUAUACUUUACACCUGAUUCUCAAAUUGAGCUCAAUUUCUGGUGUUAUUUUAGGAUAUUUUUUUUUGUUUUCCAUCGGAUACCAUUGUUCGUGACAACAGUAAAGGAAUCUUCCACAUUGAAGCUAGCAGGUAGAACACCGGCUAUGGCAGCUCUAAUGGAGGAGAUGGAUGAAUUUAAACCCAGAAGGACCUACAUAUGGCCUAUUAAAUGUGCAGCAAACUGAUUUAAAAUAAUAAUCUGUCAUUAAAAAGAACAUAGGCGUUAGGCCUCGGCAUUCAGGGCUUCAUCCCCGGAUGUUUCGCGAAUAGCCCCGGAUCUCAAAGAUUUAAAAAAUAUGAGGUGAACAUGGCAUUAUCCUGAACUGCAGGAACAGCGGGGAACUUACGGAAUAAAAUGUCAAACCCAAUAAUAUGAGCAAUGUUGCAGAAAGAUGCAGAAGCACGAACUGAUUUCCAUAAACCUGUUGGUGAAUGCUGCACUUAUCCUCCUGCCUCAAUACAUUUCCAUUUAUCAGUGUUGCAUUGUCAGAGAAAAGCAAUACAGUUGAAUACAACAACUCUGCUGUUCAUUUGUUUGUGCUGCUGUUUAAUGCUGUUGUGUUGUUUCUAUAGUAAGUCUACACUCAUUUCACCCACAUAGGAUACACAAAAUUUCCUAAAAACCUCCAUCGUGGGAAUUAUGGCGUUUAUUUUAAUGUUUUUUUAAUGCAAGUAACUGCAGGGAGUUUUUCAACACCAUCAGUCACAGCAAUACUUCAGCUGUUCCAGACCACAAGUGCAACACCACAUACCCACAUUAUACUUUUGCUUUCUUUUAAAAAGGCUGAAAUGUCAGUGUAAUUUAAUGUUCCCACAGUAAGACUGGUUGCAGACAUGAAAACAUGUUAGGUGGCACGUAUAUUGUAAUUUCCUCGGUGUAGGGGAAAAGGGCGUAUCAGGUGUUUUUUUUUUUUUUUUUUUUUUAUAAAUGACUAUUAAAGAAUUGGUACCUAAAGAACAACACUUAAAAAAAAUAUCACACAAACUGCAUGUUGUCAAAAAACAAUAUUAAUUUGUGAAUAAUUCACCCUUUAAUGACAGGAUUUCUUGUUCAGAAAGGAGUAACCUGCAGAAAUGUGCUGCCUUUAUGGCCCAUUGGCAUUGCAGCUGAUAAAUGGAGCCACACUUUUGAUGUCAGACAUUUUUACACCUAUUAUGCAACACACAAUGAAGCCUGGGUAUAACUGGAUGUAUUCUCUGCAUGGCUCUACAAAGUGUUUGUGUAACAUUUAGUUAGACAAUCAGCACCAUUAUUAGAUCUUGGUACAACCAUGCUGCGAGCUUAUUGGCUCACUGAAGCUGAUGAUAUUUCCUCCUUAGUUACAGGAAUUUGGUACCAAAUGACGAGGCGUUUACCCAAUAGUAGCUAAGCACAGAAAGCUGUUUUUGUGCCUUAUA